GGCUGCCAUGUUUACAUAUCUCAAAGAGGGUGUCAUAAGGAAGAAAGAGCAGGCUUGUUUUCUGCUGCCCUGGAGCAAUGGGUUCAAAUUACAGGAAUGGAGAUUCCAUAAAAGAAAAUGGAUUCUCUGGAACUACAAAGACAAGUAUCCACUGUUAUAGUAAUACAGACAUUUUUUGAGUGUCAUUAAACCUAUACAGUAGAAUCUCACUUAUCCAAGCUAAACGGACUGGCAGAACCAUGGAUAAGCGAAUAUCUUGGAUAAUAAGGAGGGAUUAAGGAAAAGCCUAUUAAAUAUCAAAUUAGGUUAUGAUUUUACAAAUUAAGCACCAAAACAUCAUGCUGCUGCUCAGUCGUUUAGUCGUCUCCGACUCUUCGUGACCUCAUGGACCAGUCCACGCCAGAGCUCUCUGUCGGCCGUCACAGCCCCCAGUUCCUUCAAGGUCAACCCAUUCACUUCAAGGAUACCGUCCAUCCAUCUUGCCCUUGGUCGGCCUCUCUUCCUUUUUCCUUCCAUUUUCCCCAGCAUCGUGAUCUUUUCCAAGAUUUCCUGUCUCCUCAUGAUGUGGCCAAAAUACUUCAGCUUUGCCUCCAAUAUCCUUGAGCAGCCGGGCAUUAUUUCCUGGAGGAUGGACUGGUUGGAUCUUCUUGUGGUCCAAGGCACUCUCAGGAUUUUCCUCCAGCACCAGAGUUCAAAAGCGUCUAUCUUCCUUCGCUCAGCCUUCCUUAUGGUCCAGCUCUCGCAUCCAUAGGUUACUAUGGGGAAUACCAUUGCUUUGACUAUGUGGACCUUCGUUGCCAGUGUGAUGUCUCUGCUCUUCACUAUUUUGUCAAGGUUGGCCAUUGCUCUCCUCCCAAGAAGUAAACGUCUUCUGAUUUCCUGGCUGCAAUCUGCAUCUGCAGUGAUCUUCGUGCCUAGAAAUAUAAAGUCUGUCACUGCCUCCACGUUUUCUCCCUCUAUUUGCCAGUUAUCAAUAGGUGUAGUUGCCAUGUAGUUGGUUUUCUUGAUGUUUAACUGCAACCCAGCUUUUGCACUUUCUUCUUUCACCUUGGUGAUAAGGCUCCUCAGCUCCUCCUCGCUUUCGGCCAUCAGAGUGGUAUCAUCUGCAUACCUAAGGUUGUUAAUGUUUCUUCCAGCAAUUUUAACUCCGGCCUUGGAUUCCUCAAUCUCCGCAUGUCGCAUGAUGUCUUCUGCGUACAAGUUGAAUAGGGAGGGUGAAAGUAUGCAGCCCUGCCGCACUCCUUUUCCAAAACAUCAUGUUAUACAACAAAUUUGACAGAAAAAGUAGUUCAAUACGCAGUAAUGUUAUGUUGUAAUUACUGUAUUUACAAAUUUAGCACCAAAAUAUCUUGAUAUAUUGAAAACAUUGACUACAAAAAUGCCUUGGAUAAUCCAGAACAUUGGUAAGCAAGUCUUGGAUAAGUGAGACUCUACUGUAUUUAGUUCACUGCAUCAAUAUGAAUACAAAUACAAAAAAAUUGCUAUACAAUAAAACAAAGGACUGUUACAUUCACAGUAAAAAGGUUUUUCUCUUGAAAGAUAAAUUGACUCCUCUCCUCCUAAACAAUAAUUGUUCUUUACUAGGAAGUAGUAGACUCCAAAUGCACGAAUUGACUCCUAUUCUUAUAUAUAAUAAUUCUUCUUAUUUCUUUACUAUGAAGUCUACUAUGAAGUCUUUGGAGUCUACCAUUCAUAGUAAAGAAAUAAGAACAGUUUGGAGUCUACUACUUUGAAAAAGAGGCGUCCAUUCAUCUUUCAAGAGAAAAAUGUUCUUUUUACUGUGAAUGUAACAGUUCUUUGUUCUAGUGUAUAGCAAUGGUUUUUUUUGUAUUUGUAUUCAUAUUGAUGCAUUGAACUAAAUAUAGGUUUAAUGACAUUCAAAAAAUGUCUGUAUUACUAUAACAAUGGAUACUUGUCUUUGAAGGAAAAGAGAUUCCACCAGAACUUUAGUUCUGACUGUGAGAGCUGUUCAGCAGUAGAACUCUCUGCCUUGGAGUGUGAGACUCCUUCCUUGGAGGAUUCCACAAAGGAUCCCUCAGGCAUCAACAGUCAGGCUUUGAAGCUGCAAGGCUAUUCAAUGCUAAUCAAGGUGGCCAACUGCAGCAUUCACACUUGCCUCAAUCAGUCAAGAGUUCUUUCUCCCACCCUGGACAUUAUUCCACCAAUAUAAAUGCCACCUGCCUAGUUUCUAACAGACCUCCCAACCUCUGAGGAUGCCUGCCAUAGAUGCGGAUGAAACGACAGAGAUAAUGCUUUUAAAACAUGGUCAUAUAUCCCGGUAAACUCACAGCAACCCAUUUGUGUGUGUGUGUGUAGUAUAUAUAUGGUUGGAGUUGCAUUUAAAAAUGUACCUAUUCUGACUCAAAUACAAAUUCAACUUAAGAACAAACCUACAGAACCUAUCAAUUGAUGGAUUGAUAUAUAGAACCUAUCUUGUUUAUAACUUGGGGACUCCCUGUAAUGCAGCUUGAACUGUAAUAUAUGACCAUAUAAUACAGUUCAACCUGCAUUAUAAUGACAGUGCAGACAGAGCCUAAGACAGAAUUAGGCACCAUCUCCACUAACCAAUUAAUGUAGUUCAAAGCUAGUUUUGACCAGACAAUAAACUCCCACAAAAGCUCUCAAAGCCCUAUAUGCACAGCAAUGCUUUGUGAUUAGUGUCAUCACCAUCCGGGCUUCAAACUGAUCCCAGGAUUUCCUAGGUGAUCCAUCUGCACAGCAAAACUACUUUCGCCGAUACUUGUAGAGUUGAAACUGCAAACCAGUAUUGAAGAAAGUGGGAAGAUUACUACUGUAUAUGGUUACUACAGUGAGAAUCAUCUAUGCCCAGAGAUGGAAAGAACCAGCUACAUUGACACAAGAAGACUGGCUAAUGAAGAUAUGUUAAUUAACUGAGAUGGACAAACUAAUGAUGUUGAGCAAAAAGAAACCCUUAACCAGUUUUAAGAAAGACUUGGACAAUUUUCUUAUAGCAAUGAUGGGGACAAACUUCUUUUUUUCUAAUUUAGAAGAGUGUUAUUAAAAGUAGAAGAGUGGAUAUACAGUAGAAUCUCACUUAUAAGCCUCGCUUAUCCAAGCCUCUGGAUUAUCCAAGCCAUUUUCGUAGUGAAUGUUUUCAAUAUAUCGUGAUAUUUUGGUGCUAAAUUCGUAAAUAUAGUAAUUACAACAUAACAUUACUGCAUAUUGACAGUAAUGUUUUCUGUCAAAUUUGUUGUAUAACAUGAUUUUUUGGUGCUUAAUUUGUAAAAUCAUAACCUAAUUUGAUGUUUAAUAGGCAUUUCCUUAAUCCCUCCUUAUUAUCUAAUACAGUAGAGUCUCGCUUAUCCAACGUAAACGGGCCAGCAGAGUGUUGGAUAAGCGAAUAUGUUGAAUAAUAAGGAGAGAUUAAGAAAAAGCCUAUUAAACAUCAAAAUAGGUUAUGAUUUUACAAAUUAAGCACCAAAACAUCAUGUUAUAAAACAAAUUUGACAGAAAAAGUAGUUCAAUACGCAAUAAUGCUAUGUAGUAAUUACUGUAUUUACAAAUUUAGCAGCAAAAUAUCACGAUGUAUUGAAAACAUUGAUUACAAAAAUGUGUUGGAUAAUCCAGAACGUUGGAUAAGUGAGACUCUACUGUAGUCGUUAUCUGCCGGCCUGUUUAGCUUGGAUAAGUGAGACUCUACUGCAUAUAGCAAUAUUUUAAGGGAACAGAAAAUAAGAAGUAAAACUCAACAGGCAAUGAGUGUGAGGCUUGUAGAUUUGUUCUAGUUAUAUGUUUAGAAUGUAUUUAGUAGUGUGGAGUAGUAUAGGUUAGGGUGAUUGUUUUAGAUAUAAUGUUGGUGGUUGUAGUCUAGUUUUAUAUUUCAAGGAAAAACUUUUUGUUUUUGUUGGGGGGCAUUGUUUUUGCUUUCUGUAUAUCUUCUUCUGUACCGUAUUUUUCGCUUUAUAAGACGCACUUCCCCCCCCCCCAAAUAGAGGGAAAAAGUCAGUGCGUCUUAUAAACGCAAUAUGACCUCACGAGGCGAGGAGAGAGAGGAAAGAAAGAGGGAGAGCGCGCAUGCGUGCACACACGCAAACAGAGGGGCGCGCGCUUGGCGAACUAGCCGGACAAGUCACUGACUGACUGAGUACUCGGGAGAGUGGCGCCGCCGUCGUCUCCUCGUCCUCCUCACGGGCGGAGGGUCGCCCAUGGUGUGGCCUCAUGUCUAAGACGCUGCGGAGGAAGCGGCACUGGCUGAGCAAGGUGCAGGAGUGCGCCGUGUCCUGGGGCAGCGGCUGCAGGCUGGACCCGGAGCUCCUCCGCGGCGGUGCCGAGCGCAGAGAGUUCCCUUACCUCGGUGCCCACCUCUCCGAGCCUUCGCCUGCCGCCUCCUCUUCCUCGGGCGGCGCUCCCGGCUCGGUCCUGCUCUCGGGGAAAGCCCCGGCGCCGGGGGACGUCUUGCUGGAGGUGAACGGCACCCCGGUGAGCAGCCUCACACACCGUGACACGCUGGCCGUCAUCCGCCACUUCAGGGAGCCCGUCCGCCUCAAGACCGUGCGGCCAGGUCAGUGCCUCCUCAGGGCCGCCAAAGCUUGCUUUGAGUGACUCAACACCAGGCAUGGGCAAACUUAGGCCCUCCGGGUGUUUUGGACUUCAGCUCCCACCAUUCUUAACAGCCUCAGGCCCUUAAGCGGCGAGUGCGUGAAGUCUUCAUGGCAGUCAGUGAAGGAUGAAACGGUUAUAAAAUCCUUCAAAAAAUGUGGCAUCCCCAUUUUCCUCCUCUGAAAACUAGGUGCGUCUUAUCAUCAGGUACGUCUUAUAAAGCGAAAAAUACAGUAACUGUUUUUUUAUUUUCAUAUGUUUGUAUUUCUGUACUUUUGAAUGAAAAGUAAUUGCUUUUUUUAAAAAGUAAGUAUAUUAAAUUGUCAGUGUAAAUGGAACCGUAAAGCGGUUGGGUGUGACUAUGAAUUUCAUUUGUUUCUUAAUUAUUUUAGCACCUCAAGUCUUUUCUUCUGCCUGUUACGAGUUCAGAAAUUUCUGUCCGUGUUCUGCAGUUGCUAUUAUACACACACGUAUACUGGUGCACCCAUUGUGGCAGAUCAGUUUAUACUGGUGCAAUGGAAUAAGGCAUCAGCAGAAAUGAUUGAAAGGAGUUUGUGGUUGUUCCCAGCCUCUGUCAUUCCUCCUAAGUGAAGCUAGCUAGGUUCAUUCCCUCUCCAUUCAGGGGUUGUGAGAAUAUCUGUAUGUGAGAGAGGAAGAGUGUGUGAGUGAGUGACAUAAAGGGAGGAAGGGUGGGGAUUCUGGGAGCUGCAGAUCUCAAAUCAACUUUCCUGCACCCUGCCGUUAGCACUUCUUAACCACCCUUGCUUUCU